AUUACAAAUAUACCAAAAAUUACAAAAAUUACAAAAAAAUACAAAAAUUACAAAAAUGACAAAAAUGACAAAAAUGACAAAAAUGACAAAAAUGACAAAAAUGACAAAAAUGACAAAAAUGACAAAAAUGACAAAAAUGACAAAAAUGACAAAAAUGACAAAAAUGACAAAAAUGACAAAAAUGACAAAAAUGACAAAAAUUACAAAAAUGACAAAAAUUACAAAAAUGACUUAAAUUUUUCAUACAUUUAGCAUCUUAUCCCAGGUAGGUAGCUGAAUUCUAAAAAUAUUUAAGUGUUGUUAUAGGAUCAUUUAACCAGUAUAAAGUUUGUAAGUGAUAUCAUUAAGCCAAUCCGUCAUACUGGAUUAAGUAUUUUACGGCAUCGAAAAAUUUUAAAAUUUGUAUAUUCAUUGAUGGAUUUUUAAAAUUUUGAAUGAAAAUUAAACUUUUAAAAUACUAUCUUAAUAUGCGAAAUAUUAUGUCAUUAUCAUUUUUAUUUUUAAAGAUAAAAAUUAUCUUAAAGAACAUGCUUUGAAAUAUGCUUAAAAAACAUGUGCAUUUUUUUUCAAACUUGGGUGGUUUAAAUUUGGGAUGAGUCAACUAUCGGUAGCUGGACCAUAUAGCUAAAUCUCCCAAAUCCGCCACCACCCACCGUUGAUUAGGAAAAUAAAGAAAGAUAGAAACGAAAAAAACACGAACAUCAAACUGUGGUGCGUGACACGACAACAGGCUAGGUUAAGCCGUUUUGUAUGACUUCGCAUCACACCCAAAGCAAAAGGUCGAUUGAAUCCUCAUCAGGGUAGUUGUCAGUUUAGUUAAACGUUUGGAGUAAACAACGAAACCAAUAUUAUCGACACCACCCUUCUGCAUUGUUGUGAAUUGAUUAUGCUUCGUUCGACUGCUGAUAACGUUAACGGUGAUAUGAAUGGAGACUCCCAGUCAACGGACAGUUGUAAGUUAAAGUUCAUCGGAAUCGGACGAGAGAAAGAGUCAAGUUUCCGUUUUCGCAAAGAAAGUAAGUUAUGUUUUGACGUAUCUGAAGGUUAUUAAUAACACCUGAACUUCACUGAAGAUUUAAGAAAGUUACAAGAAUUGGUACACCCCGAUAUCGUAUUCAGUCAACGUUAUGUUAGGUUAUGAUCGCCAAUUGUAAUAUCACUCUCUGCUAAGCCUAGUGACGCAAUUCCGAACAAAACGAUAGAGCUGACGGAGCUGUUUGACUCAAACUAAACCAGUUGCUCUCCGAUAAAUAAAUUCUGUUUCCCAUACUCAGCAAAAUACGUAUGUAGGUAUAGGGGUAUAAAACUCUUCAGCUAUUCAACGGUUUAGCGGAAAAAAAAAUGAUCAAGACGCACGUGCUUGGGUGGUAUUGGUUUCAGUACCAUAUAUGUCUUAGCUUUAAAGGAGAAGAAGAACGAAUAAAAAAGGUUGAUGAAAAAUAAAAUAAAAAAAACAGACAACGAAGAUGAUGUUUACUAGUCAUCAGUCUCCUAAAGUCUGCUAGUCACUGUUUAGAUGCGAGCUACAUUAAUCGCAUCAAUCAUUAAUCGCGUUCUUCUCCAGACAUCUUCGAAGAGAAACACUUAAGCCGAUUGAAUCGCCAGUGCUUGGAUGGAGAGUUGAACCAAAAAUGCAACUCAGCCAGUUUGGAUAAGAAGAAAGUUUAACACAAGGUUUUAAAUAAUUUUUAAAACGUCACCUGCUUCACCCCGAAGCUAAUCACAUACGAUGGAACGAAUCCUGCGAGGAGUGAUGCGUUACCGGGGAACAACUCGGGAGCAGAUGGUGAAGGAGUUUCAGCAAGUCCGAGAUAAUCCUCAUCCAAAAGCGGUUUUCUUCACGUGCAUGGACAGCCGCAUGAUCCCGACUCGGUACACCGAUACGCACGUGGGCGAUAUGUUUGUUGUCCGAAACGCAGGAAAUCUGGUGCCCCAUGCCGGGCACUUCCAGGACGAAUACUUCAGCUGUGAACCGGCAGCCCUGGAGUUGGGUUGUAUCGUCAACAACAUCAAACACAUCAUCGUCUGUGGCCACAGUGAUUGUAAGGCCAUGAACUUGUUGUACCUGUUGAAGGAUCCGGAAUUUGCUUCCGUUGAAAAUCGUCGAAUAUCUCCCCUCAGGGCUUGGUUAUGUGCCCACGCCAAUACCAGUUUAGAUAAGUUCCAAAACCUUACCAAGGUUGGUCUCGAUAAACCGUUGAUCUUCUCAUCGGAAACACCACUCCGGAAGUUCGUUGCCUAUAUCGAUCCGGAGAAUCAGUUUGCCAUCGAAGACAAACUAUCGCAGGUUAACACCCUGCAGCAGAUCGAGAACGUUGCAUCCUAUGGAUUCCUCAAGCGGAGGCUCGAAUCGCACGAUCUGCACAUCCAUGCCCUCUGGUUCGACAUCUACACCGGUGAUAUUUACUAUUUCAGCCGCAACUCGAAACGCUUCAUUCCGAUCGAUGAGACGACCAUCGAUAAGCUGCUGGAGGAAGUCCGGCGAUAUUACUCGUGAGGCCUUAAUCCUGAUUUUACGGGUGUCCUCUCCACUUUUGUGGGGAAUUAUUUUGUGCGCUUUUGCAUGUACUAUAGCCAUUUCCAAACAUUUAUAUUUUUCUGUUAUAAUUCGGGUAACCUUUCGAUACAUGUGAUAUUUGUGGAUGUAUACAGUGUAUUACAAAACUAAUCGUAUAAGAUUCUAAUCCAUUGAAAGAAAAGUGUUCUAAUCUGUUUUCAAAUAUAAACUUUUAAGAAGUAGA